AAAGCGUCCAAGCUACCCCGCCAAAAUACCUAGGUACCUAGGCAGACGUAGCUUUUUCGUGUUAUACGUCGAUUGCGAUUGCCUUUGCCUUAUUGAACCCUACCUUGAACAACUUUAAACCUUAGCUACUUAACAUAAAUACACACACGCGGGUUAAGCUACCGGAAACAUCAUUGUCAAUUUUUUUUCUCGGACAUUUAAUUCUACAUAUCAUCAAAAUCACACAUCGAGCAACUAGAUCAUCGCUAAAGUAGUGCCGGCACCAUGGCCGCCGAACAGCAUCUACUCGCCUACUUUACCGCCAUGGACAACCAGGGAGGAAUCAUCAUUAAAGAUCCCCCCAAACUCGAUCUCGAUCUAUACAUAUCCAACUACAAAGGUCGCACACGGUUCGAGAGACUCUUAUUGAUCGGCCAAUGCUCCGUACCGUUAUGUGUCGACGCUUUAAAAGCUGCCGUAGCCGAAGCCAAAAGCGGUAAAGAUAUCCAACGAUACAAAGACGCCUUCGAAUGUAUCCGCCUUGCUGCCCCCCAUGAGCCCGAGGCCAGAUGGGAUGAAGCCUGGGUCGCCGCGACGGACAAGUCAAAUAAGACCGAGACGCAGCGACUUGAGACCGAACUUAAGGGUUAUAAGAACAACCUAGUUAAAGAAAGCAUCAGGAUUGGCCACCGCGACCUUGGCGAACAUUUAGAGGCCGUCGGGGACUUAAAUGCUGCUUCCGAGACCUACAUUAAGAUGCGACCCGAUGCCAGUACCCAGUCCCACAUUCAAGACGUAGGAAAACAUGUCGUGAGCAUCAUGUUACAAAAGCGAGAUUGGACCGGUGUGCUGGCAAACGUCAACAAGGUUCUAGUGGUCAACAUCGGCAAUGAAGAGCAGAGUUCCGAGCAGCCUUACCAGAGAAUGGUUGCUGGUCUGGCAUAUCUUGGGAACGGCAAGUACCACGAAGCUGCCAGGAACUUCCUUGAGGUUGGGGAUCCGAUCGUUUGUCAGAAAUAUAACGACGUCGCCAGCCCCAAUGAUGUCGCUACGUAUGGUGGACUUUUGGCACUCGCUUCGAUGGACCGAUUGGAGUUGCAAUCUCGAGUUCUAGACAACUCUAACUUCAGAAACUACUUGGAACUCGAACCACAUAUCCGUAAAGCUGUCUCUAUGUUCGUCAAUGGGCGAUACUCAGCCUGCCUGGAAAUCCUCGAGUCAUACCGGAACGAUUACCUCCUUGAUCUCUAUCUUCAGAAGCAUGUUUCGGUACUCUUCUCCAAGAUUCGCAACAAGUGCAUCGUCCAGUACUUCUUGCCGUUCUCAUGCGUCACUCUCGACACAAUGAACGCUGUCUUUAGCAAACCUGGGGAAUCUAUCGAACCAGAACUUGUUAACAUGAUCAAGAGCGGAGCCUUGAACGCGCGGAUCAACACUAUUGAUAGGCUCCUCGUUGCGGUCUCCACCAAUUCCCGAGCUGCUAUGCAGAAAAAGGCCCUAGAUGCAGCGAAUAACUACGAGAAAGAAAUCCUAGAGCGAAUUCGACGAAUGAAUAUCGCGGCGGCAGAUCUCGAAGUCAAGGGGUACCGAAAAGGAUUUGGCACUCUUCCUGGCGUAAAUGAUCUUUUCCCGGAUGAUUCUCGACGGCAGCUGGGUUCUAGCGAGGCGACGGCUUAGAAAGGACUUGCGCCAAUGUAGGACGGCAAGCCUGAGAGGCCGGGUACUGAGCUAAGUAUAAGACAGCUCCUGGCGAAGGCACGAAUUCCGAGAUGGAAGUGAACGAAAGUAUCAAGAAAAUCAGCACUGGUAGGUAUAACUUGUAAUCGACAAGGGCGGAAACUACUUAGAUGCUGCAUAGGUAGGCACAGAUAUGACCUAUUCGCCACUAAGGAGUUGCUAGGAUAAAGGCGUUACGGGCACUGCAUCAGAAUCAUUAAGGAACGCUUUACGAAGUGACGUGGAGAUGGCUAGACGUGCCAUUCGAGAGUAUGAGAUUCAUGAAAAUACCCUAUGAUUAGGUAGCCUCGGAAU